GGGAGAGAGCAGAAUUGGUACCGGCCGUGUAACGGAAUGUUUGCGUCUGUCCUGCGGGGGGCGAGAGAGGCCAGAAAAGCCACGAACCAUAUCAGGCCUCGAGACAGCCGAGAACGGUCGUUCGGCCCAGGGGGGAAGAAUUGGUGCCAGCGGUGGUUCACGUCAAACGAAGCCCGUCGUGUUCAGUUGAACCGUCAACAACCUGGCCUCCUCCGCUGUACCCGCCCGACCGCCCGGCCACACGGAUUUGGCCGUACCGCUAAAAUAACCGAGCCCUUCGCACCGAGAUGCACGCCUGGGACGCUCUAGCGACGCCUCCGCCAACCGUAGUCAUAACUACGGGAGGCGGGAAGACACGCGGCGGGCCCGGUGGGCGGGCGUGCGGGCAUUAUAAUGGGACGGUCGCGAAAUAAAGGUCGCGGGGUCGGAGGUUGUUGUUGGUGGAGGAGCAUGAGUCCUCCAUCGUGGGACCGUCCCGACCCCGCCCCGCCCCGCCCCGCCCCGCCUCUGGAUUCCGUCACCGUAACCGUCGAUUCUCAGGAGAGUAAAGCGCGUCGGCCCCCGAACCGGGGGCCUAGGCUCGAAGGUUUGGUAGAUCGCCGGACCUCCGAUCCGACUAUCCUCGCGCGCGCCCGCUGGUUCGGGAGGAUCCACUUGCCUCGGGACAACUCGCUUGAGAUACGCUGGUGCGCGGUUACCGGAGGGAGGCUCUCACUCAUUCGGCUCCCGGUGGAUGUCAGAAGCGGCAGCAGGCGGUGCUGGAAAGUCCAAACUUGGGGUCAAAGCGAUCACCGUCGUGGCCGAUUGCGUAAUUUUAGCUCCGUUUCUGCCAGUCAGUUCGCGAGGUGCUGGGAACUGGGAACCGGGGAACCGGGGAACCGGAAAGCCCUCGCAGUUUGGAAGACCCUCUUUCUCUGCCAGAGAGCACUUUUCCGCCCAAGGCUUCGGGACAUGGAAGCAAGUGGUGCGAUGGGAAUAUUCGAUGAGAAUCUAUUCAGGGGGGACGACGGAGUCAGACGAGCGAUGAGAAGGACAGAAAGAGAGAGAUGUGCAAAGUGCGAUUCUUGGGGCGCAGUUGAAGGAGCGGAGCACGAGGCCGCAGUCCCUCGCUCGCCAGUGGAGGCAGUCAGGCAGGCAGGCAGGGAGACCAGAGAACGCAACGAGAGAGAGAGAGAGAGAGGGUCUGUAGCACCUGAGCUCGCUCUCGUCUGUUGGGGGUGUGCGGCUCUCGCCGUUCCCCCUUCUCUCGCUACUUUCGGUGCCGGUGGUGCCCCCUUGUUUUGGCCUAUUGGGCCUGGAGAAGGAAGCCUGACGACAAGGUGCCCAUUUUUGUUUAGAGUAAGAAACCUGCGCCAAGGACGGGAGAGAGACAGAGAGAGAGAGAGAGGGAGGGAGGGAGGGAGGACGGACGAGGGGGCUGGGCUGGGCUGGUCUCCCAGUUCAUGUCUGUCAUUCGUUCAUUCCUUCGCUCUCGUUGGCUCGGCAGAUCCAAUCCAAUCACAGCUCGCAGGAGCAGAGGUUAUCGUUAAUUUCACGCUCGUAUGUAUUAAUGAGAAGCCCGCGGAGAUCGAACGGGGAGGCGAGCGCAAGAUUUCCAAAGGCUUAGACUCUGAGAGAGAGAGAGAGAGAGAGAGAGAGUUUGGGGCCUGGGGUGGGGGAAUCUGGAGCCUGGAGAAGAGAAGAGAAGAGAAGAGAGGAGAGGAGAGGGGAGAGAGAUUAUUUCGGUCGAGAAAGAAGGCAGACGGAGAAGGAGGAAGAGGAGGAAGCGGUGGAGGAGGAGGAGGUGGUGAUGGUGGUGGCGGUGAAGUGAGCAGAAGUGUCGUACCUGCGAGGGAGGAGGUUGGGCUAGUGAUUGCGCUUUUGGCGAGAGCAGAGGCACGGAGGCAGGCUUAG